AUGUGGGUUUAUUUAUUGUUCCUUUACAUUAGCACUGCGAUAGCAAGUAACUGCGAUAAAAUGGGUGUUUUACUUUACCAAGACAUGGAUUGUAAACCCAUAUAUUACGGGAAAACUGCUUGCCCUGCUUUAUAUUCCUGCCAAGGCAUUAAACCAACGAAAAAAUGUUGUUAUUACAGAAACCAAUGUGUUUUAGAGGAACCCGCAAACACAACAUACGGGCCCCCAUGUAGUUUUGGGUGCUUUUGUCUUAAGGAUCGCCUUGAGUUUGCCUGUCCUGUAGUGGAUUGUGCUCCUCAGGUUUAUAAUGAUACACCCUCAGCCCCUGGUUGUUAUAAAGCUAGCGACCUUAACCAAUGUUGUUAUUUUAAGGAAAUUUGUCCACCAUUUAGUCAUAUUAAAUGCAAAGUAGAUGGAGUUAUUUACAAAGAGGGGCAACAAUUUACUCCAAAAAAUACUUGUUGGAAUUGUGUUUGUCAAAAAGGUUGGAGGGGAGUAAACGAGGCCCCAUUCUGUCAAAGAAGAAGGUGUGGGGUUCAAUUGCGUGACCAAACUGAAGUUCAACAAGCUUGUGCACCAGGAUAUUUAAAAAAAGAUUCUAUAGGCCAUACGCUUUGUUGCCCAUCCACAUGGUUAUGCCCUGAAGAAGGCGAUAAAAUUUUGGGGUCAUCAAAUGGAGAUGAUAUUUGUACUUUUGGAAACACAACCUUAAAAACUGGACAGUUUAUAAAUAAAUCCAAAGCUAAUUAUGGCACUAAAAAUUAUUAUAAAUGCGAAUGUUCUUUACCUCCUCUGCUAACAUGUGUAGAAACAUCUUAA